UUCCUAUUCUGAUCUCUCGCUGCGUGUGUUUUGCUUGUUUGCUUUCGCGAUCUCUAACAGUCAAAGGGCCAUCAAAUUCGCGGGAACAUAACGAAAAAGUUUGGAUUUUUAUGUUGAUUUGAGCUUCAUUUUUGGAUUCUCUAAGUCGAGAUCUUCUCAGGAACCCUAGGAAUUCUAUUGGAUUUCAACAGAAUAUGCAUGUUUUACGGCGGAGUCGAGCUUCAUUUUAACAUAUUUCGCUGUCGAUUUGUUUUAAGUUGGUCCUUUUUGUACCCAUUUUCUAGUUUGAGCUGAAAGAGUUGAUCAGUAUGCCGUGGACAUCUUCUUUUGUUAAUUACAGCAGGAACUGUGUCCGCUUGGUGGUGUUCUUCCGUGUCAUACUGUAAUAUUAGGGCUCCUGUCGGUUUUCUGGAUUACUGGUGCUGGUGAGAUACUUUGGAGUUCUGAAGGGAUUGUUUUUCACUCAUUUCGAUCUUAUUUACAAAGCGGUUUGGGCGGAGUGAGAAUGUACAUUGUGGUUAACCUGAAGAGAUAUCGAACAGUAAAGAAAGUCGGGAAAAUUACAAUGAAUGUGAGGAUCAUUGCGUGCUACCAAUUAAUGCAAGUUUGUCAGGCUGAGUACUUCCGCCAGCUGCUUAAGCCUGUUACGUAGUUCAGAUAUUACAGACUCUGGGAAAGAGGAAUUGACUGCCUUCUUGCUUUGUUAGUUUUUUAGAAGGCAGUAGCAAAAAUGAAGUAUUUGUAUUAGUUGUUAACUUGGAAUAGGCAGUUGUCUCGCCACCAUGGCAGUAGCAUAAGCGGCAUAAGCCCCUCCAAUUUAGUCUUCUCUUUAGCUUAGGAAACCUUGCUCUAUUCGAAACCAAACUACUGUGUUCUCAACACAAUCCUUGCAUCCAUCCAUUCACAUCCUGUAUUCUACUGUUUACUGUGACCAUUCAUGCAGAGUGACCAACACAUCUACCCUAAAAAGGUGGUAGCACCGCUCGCUUAUCAAGUGAGCAGUGGCUAUAUGUAUAAUGCCCCUGUUGCACCUGGCUUAGGUUCAACUCUACCACCGGGUGCAAAGCAGACAACAUCAUUUCAUGGGUUUGAAUUUCAACCUUCUGAAGUCUUUCCAAAGAACUUCAUCAUUUUUGACCAGACUGACAACAGAAGCCGGAUCAUGUUCCAUCCCACACUUGCCAACAAAUUUAAUUGCCCUGGAUUUGAUAUCUGUGGGGUUAACACCGACGAAAAUGGGGUGAGGAACAGGGACAACGGAGAGUUUUCCACUCCCCUCAAGGAGGACACAGAAGAUAUCAAUGUUUUGUUAAGCUUGGAAGAGGAAGAAGAGGAAGAUAGGGAUGAUGUCAGCACUGCACGAACUAAUGGCAGCUGCGGAAGCAGUUCUCCUGAUUCAUGCUCAACUUAUGGUUCAAAAACAAGCAAGCGAAGGUUGUCAUCAUCCAUCCAGAAGUCAUUUUCUGGCAGUGGUAGCAGCUGCAACAGUGAAAGUAAACGUCUGAGAAUGAAGAAGAUGAUGAAGGCACUGAAGGGAAUUGUACCUGGUGGUAAACAGAUGAGUACAGUUGCUGUUCUUGAUGAAGCUGUUAGAUACCUCAAAUCUCUGAAGGUAGAAGUAAAGAAGCUAGGGAUAGGGAAUUUCAAAAACUGAGCCAUAUCUCUACCACGGUAACUAAGAUUAAACUCUCCCUUCUUCUCCUUAUGAUUAUCAAUAAACACCGUCCUAUUAGGUUCUUUCUUCUCUCUCUCUCUCUCUCUCUCUCUCACCCCUUUUAUGGCAUGGAGGUUUUGGGAGAAUGAUGAUGACUGGGGGUCCGGUUGUACACAAGGUCGUCCGACAAAGGCUUAUGAUGCUUUUGGUGGUGGGGUGCCGUUGCUAGACGUAAGGGUGGUAGGUUCAAUUGGGUUGGGUGCGGUUGAGAGGGAAUUGUCGACUUUUAGACUUUACUCACUGACCUCUGUUUGGUUUGUUGUUAUUGGUCCUUUGAAUUAAAGGAAGGGGUGGGGGUGGGUUGAGGGAGUUAAUGUAAUGUGAAUGCUUUUCCUACAUUCUGUCAAAUCUCAUUUCUGGACUUUUGCCACUACUACUAUCUCCUUUAAUGCCAUGAUGUCCUAAAUAUCUUUCUUUUUAGUUUCUGGCAGACUCUAUUCUUCUUUUUAUCUGCCUUUAGGACAAGGAAAUAAGGAAUCUCUUAAGCAAUUCACCAAAUUAAAUAUCCUUUGCUCGCUUUAUGGUGUUUGGAAUCCAAAUCCAUACUAAUUUAAUAAGUGCUUUAAUGAGAAUUGAUUACUUUAUGUGGG